CAUGUUUUGUUUAUUUAAGCUUACAUCCGGUUAUUUACUGGUCUCCGAAGUUCUGUCUCGAUUCCGCUAAUGGUUCUGCUACAAACACGGCUUUAUGUUAGUUUCCUAGUGUUGGACCAGCCAACAAAGUUCUGUUCACAGUUCCGUUCUGGUUCGCCAGCCGGGACGUCCGGGAAAGCACGGGCGCUGCGUGAUCUGUUCGCUACCGAACCGAACUCUGGACAGCUAGCUGGUUCGUUCAAACAUCAUGGCCAGUGAGAACACCGGAACCGAGGAGGAAACUGGAUCUGCUGCUGAAUCAAACGAGCACGACUACGCCCACACUGCAGACGGUACUCUACCCGAACCAGAGCCGCUCUCUUCAGGUCCGUCACCCGAAACCGAGCAACAGAGCGCACCAGUUCAGAUCUUCGCGCCUCUGUCGCAGGACCAUCCAGAACCGGCGGUGGGUGCAGAAGUGGACUGCCCCAGUGGAAACGAAGUGGCACCUCAUACCGGAGAUCUUGGUGCAGACGCGCUAUCCCCGUCCGGUCCGCGCCGAGGUCCGCGGCGGCCCAAACGGCCAGAGGACCAGAACUGUUCCUGCUGCAAGGUGGUGUUCCAGCGACAGGGACGCUCCUUCAACCGGAGGGCGGUGUACACCUUUACCACCCCGGAGACCGUUCGGUGGGUCUUCCCGGACUCUGUGGUGACCGACAGGUCGUUCCUAUGUGAAACCUGCGCCCAAAUCAUCAGAACCAGAGGAAAGCGCAAACAAAGCGGAAAGCGCUGCAUGUGGCUGAAACCCCCAAACAUCAAAAAGGUCAAAGACAAGCAGAUUUUGGGACGAAGGAUGGGAAAGAAGAGUAAAGCAGCACUGCUGGUUAGCAAGUCAAGCUACAAAGCUGCCUUUCAAACACUCUGGUCAUCCAAAGGUGCCCGGAAACCCAUGAUGGCGUUCUGGAGCAAACAGCUGAAAAACGAGAUGAAGACAUUGUCACGGCAACCAGACAGUCCCUUCCACCAGAAGGUGUCGGGCAGGAAGCCGCUGUCUUCCUUCCCCUGGCGACGAUGUCUGAACUGGGCCCAAGAAAAGGCUCCGCUUGUCAUUGCCUGUCUUCGCUCCAUGUUUCCAGACAUCAACGCCCUCUACAAAAGUAGCAACCAGCUGACGGAGGAGCAGGCCAUCACCCUGUUGGAGCGUCGGACUGUGGUGGCACUCUCCAUUCCACUCUUCACUAGAAACAUCUGGAGAAACAAUUUUCUGCAGGCUGCUCUGGGGGCGGAGCUACGGCUGCAGGGCUGUUCUGGCUCUGCCCUCGACACCCUCAACACCAUGGGGUUGUGCCAGAACAAAGACACUGUCAGGUUGCUCCUCCACAAGCUGCAAAAUGGCAAAGAUGUGGAUGGAGACCAGGGUCUGGUGAUGAAACGUGAGCAGAUGAAAGAGCAAAUGGGAGAAGUGAUGACAGAUGAAGAAGAGCAGGAGGAAGAGGAAACAGAAGAGGAAGAGGAUGAAGACGAAGAUGUGGAGGAAAUCGUGAUGACCAUGAAGGAGGACGAGCCGGUGGAACAGGAGGAAGUGCAGGACGUCCUUGAGGAUGAAGAUGAUCCACAUGUUACAGAACAAGAACAGAAGAGGAGAAAGAAAAAAGCAAAGAAGCAGAGAAAGGAAGAGAAGAGGAAGGAGAGAGGGAAACGAAAGGUGAGGGAGGAGCAGGAUGAUGAAGAUGCAUCAGAGCAGAAGAAGAGAAAGGUAGUGGUGGUGAGGCUCGGCCUGCUGAAGGGAACUUCAGAAGUAGGACGAUCUGACCUAUCAGCUCCUUAAGACUGCAGGCUCCUGCCCUGAUCUCUAAAAACGCUGCCUCCCUUAACGGGGGAGCUGCACAGAGGUCUCGCCCUCUUCCAGUGGUCAUGACUGGGACAAAAGUGAAA